AUGCUCUUCACGAAAAGCUACGGGUAUGAGAAAAAGAAGAAAACGAAAAUUCUAGAAUGGGCAAAUCUUGCAUCCUACUAUGGGCUGUUUAUGAACCUAACGGACAAUAUUAUCCCGAAACAACUUCCAGUUGUCGAUGCGAUCAAUGAAACAAUUAUCCAAGAGCUUUACGACACGGAUGAAAAUUGCGUUUUGCUGGAAAAUCCUUGGGGUUCAAUCAGCCCCGUAAAAAUUGUCAACUUCCUUAGUGGAAACAAUAAGGACAUGGGCUCACAAAAGAUUUCUUUUACUUUGAGAUUCAUCAAAGAGCCCGAAAAGAUCAUUCAUACGAAAAAAUCGUCGAAAUAA